AUGGGCGCGGCCGCACGCACUCAGCAGCUCGUCCUGAAACGCCUGCACCCCGAGCGAAACCCUGUUCACGCCAAAACCCAUCAAAUCCCUGAGCGCCACGUCAUCAAACGUGCCGGGGUCCAUCUCCAUCGAGAUUUCCGCAUCCGCUCGCACACCGAACUUGGCGGAAAGCGCGGAGAGGACCGAGCGGACGAGGCGAGGCGGUACAAGCGAGGGGGUCCCACCGCCCAGAAACACCGUGCCGAGGGAUUGGCCCGAGGAGGCCGUGGCCUCGAUUUCCCGGCACAGGGUGCCGAUGUAGCUGGAGAUUCGCGGGUCAUCUCUGCCGCUCGUGUUCUGGUCGGAGCCGAGGGCGAUGAUGGGGAAGUCGCAAUAGUGGCAGCGGCGGCGGCAGAAGGGGAGGUGGACGUAGGCGGAUUUGGGGGGGAGUUGGUGGAGAAGUGA